AAUGUAGUCAAACCAGACACUUCUCUUCUCGCUUUCUCCUUUUCCUUUGUAGCAUUCAUAAAGUAAGCCUACGCAUAAAGCCACCCAACAAACGAACCAAAACAUUCUUUCUUGCACUAAGGAGCAGUUGCAGACAAAUUGACAAGAUUCUUGUCACAUAUGAAAGCUUAUAACUAUAGGUGUCCUGUCUCUCUCUCUCUCUCUCUCUCUCUUUUGGGGUUUCUCAGGACAAUAUUGGACUUAUUGUGAGAGUAGUCAUGGAGGGGAUGGCUCCCAAUUCAUGUGCAAGGCCAGUUCUAGAGAAAAAAACAAGGCCACAAGAGCAACUGAAUUGUCCAAGGUGCAAUUCAACCAACACAAAGUUCUGUUAUUACAACAACUACAGCCUCACACAGCCAAGAUACUUCUGCAAGACUUGUAGAAGGUAUUGGACAGAAGGAGGGUCUCUGAGAAACGUUCCAGUUGGAGGUGGUUCAAGAAAGAACAAGAAGGUCUCUGUGACAGCUUCAUCAUCAUCAUCACCAAAGGUUCCAGACCUAAACCCACCAAUUAACCUCUCAUCAGUCUCAGCUAUCUCCUCACAAAACCCUAAAAUAAUGCAUGGUGGCCAAGAUCUCAACCUGGCUUUCCCAGCUAUGGAAAAGUACCAUCAUGGCAUGCCACCUUAUGUUGAGAUGCAAAACAGUGACACCACCACCACUCAUCAUCAUCACCAAACCUCUUCUUCUUGUUCUGCUCCUCCAGCUUCUCUUUCAGCUCUUGAGCUACUUAGGUCAAGCAUGGCAUCUAGGGGUUUGAACCCUUAUGCUCCUUCUUCUUCCUUGAUGCCAAACUCAACAAACAGCAAUGCCCUUUACUCAUCAGGGUUUCCCAUGCAAGAAGUUAAACCUAGUCUUAACUUUUCUUCAGCUGAUGGGAUGGGAAAUAGAUCAUAUGAUCAUCAUCAGAUUCAAGAGAGGGGUGGUGGCAGACUUUUGUUCCCUUUUGGAGAUGUCAAGCAGCUUUCUGCUGCUGCAGGUGCUGAUCAAGUGGAACACAAUAAAGAACAACAAGGGAAUUCAACUGGUUAUUGGACUGGAAUGAUUGGUGAAGGAACGUGGUAAGAAAGAAAAGAAAAAAAAGGGAGGACAAAGGAAAAUUAUAAGAGAACAUGCAUUAAUAACAUUUAUAUAUAUAUAUAUAUAUAUAUCUUCUUUUAUUUUGAUCUUCCCUAUUUUAUUUUUUUCUCUUUCCACAAUAUGGAUAUCAUUUGGCAGCUGAAGUUGUUCAGAAACUAACAAUAGGACACACAUGGUUAAUUAUUACUUUGUUUUAUUUCAGAGAACGUGGGGAAUUUACUUCUCAUCUCGGUUGUUUUUAAUUUAUAUAUAUAUAUAUAUAUAUAUAUAUAUA